GUGACUUUUUAUUUUUAGUAACUGCCAAGAGAAGAAGGGAUCACAAAAGGGCUUAAAUAUAAAAAUAGCGCCUUUUCUGUUUAUUUUCCUUUGUUUCUCUUUUAGAUAAAAACAAAAAUAAUGUACCCAAGUCAUCAUUCUGAUCCAUACGCUGGACAAUAUCCUCCUCCUCCUCCUACAUUACCAGAAGAUCUUCAUAGCCAACCAUUACAGUCUUCUGCACCUCCACAGCCUGCAUACCAUGUGAUUGUACCGUCUUUACCCCAGGAACAACAGCAUUAUCCAGAGAUAAAUCAACCAACUCCACAUGUUGCAUUUGCACCGGAAACAUAUACUACUCCUCCUUCACAUAUUCCUUCAUUACAAGAACCUAUCUAUUCUCCACCAUUGCAAGCACGACCGGAAUACAUGUAUCCACAGACAAAUAGCUCACACAUACCACACGAUGAAGAAGCAAAUCUACACGGAGUAAAUGAAUACAACAGCAAUCAAGCCUCUCUUGAAGACUACUUGCGACAAGAAAGGGAAGAGUAUAUGAAGCAUCAGACGCACCCACACGUUUACAACGAGCCUAAUAAGCAGACAGAAGAGUACCAAGAGUUGCUUACUGAGUCAGAUAACCGAUUGACCAAGAAAGAAGCCAAGAAAUUGAAAAAGCAACAAGAAAAAGAAGAAGAAAAGCGUACACAAUAUGAGCCUUAUUUGGCUCGUCCGACUCUAGCCCCAGAGAAUGAAGCAGAAACAUACCGUUAUAAACCCUACGAACAAUCGAAGUCAAGGGGAUGUAACUGUUGCUGUUAUAAUCCAGCCAUGACAUGCUGCUCUUGCUUCUGGUUUUUGAUUAGUGUAGCAUUUAUAGUCGGUGGUAUUGCGCUUAUUAUUGCCUCCAAGGUUGUUUCUGAUCGAUGUAACAGUCAGUGUGGUCAACUCAUUGAGCAGGCACAAGAAGCAUGUGGCACAAUAUGUAGUAAAGUAGUGCACGAUGCCAUGCUCUAUGGUGGUAUAGUUGUUGCUGGCCUGGCUGGAAUUGCUGCUAUCUGGCGUAUUGUCAUGUGGACUUGCGCUGGAUUCUCAAAGUGAUAAAUGCUUGUAUAUUUUCUUAUAAAUAAUGUAUUAUAUAUACACUUUUUUUUUUUCUUUCUAUAAAGUAUUGUUCAAUAAUUGUAUACC